AGGACGACUUGGACUUGGACGAGGGAAAUUAACUGCACUUGUCAGAAAAAUCACCAACUCCACCUUCCCACUCUACUAUCUUCAAUUCUCUUUAAUGUUGAAACCCUAAUUGCAUUCCCCACCUCUUCUUCUGCACUCUUCGUCAUGAAUUACAGCUCGAAUCGGCCGCGAUUAUGUCGGGUUACAUAUUUGUAUUUUGUUCAUCAACUCUAACUUGUUGGAUUUUGCUUUUGAUUGCCGCUGAGUCGGUUCUGAAAAAAGUGAAAGCUUGAUGGAAUUCAAGCUCACAGUCCAUGUACAGGCUCUCAAACUGCUGAUUUAUUGCCUCUUGCUUCCACUCGGAGCUUCCAACUCGGGCUUCAACGAGUCUCUUGAGGCCACUGUUAUAGCCCCUUCUUCAAAUCAAACUGAUAGCAGAGCGCCAUGCCCGUCUGGUUGGAGUAUCAACCUAAGUAAGACUAAGUGUGCUAGAUACAAUGCAAGCAAUGAAUCAUGGGAUGAAUCCGAGAAGCAGUGCACGUCUUACGGUGGGCAUCUAGCAGCUGCUACGUCAUUGAAGGAACUAAACGAGUUUCAAAAGUUGUGUAAUGGCAGCUCUAAUGGUUGCUGGAUUGGCGGGAGAUUUAUCAGUGGAGAUUGGAAAUGGUCUGAUAAUACACCAUACUCGAAUUCGUCUAUCAUGCCAACCCAAUUAGGUUGCACAAAUAGGUCUUGUUUGAGCAGCAAUUUGACAGGUCUGUGCACGUUGAUGGUGAUUAAUGGAAGUGCAUUGCUUAUGGCUCAAGGAUGCAAUGCACUGCAUGCAUCUCUAUGCAUGCUCGAUGUGGAAAAUAAAUGUCACGGAAUGCAUUGCCACGAGGAAUAUCUUAUCAUUCUUGCUGUUGUGAGUGGCCUGAUCUUUUUCACUACUCUGGCUGUUGUAUUGUGGCUUCUUGUAUAUCGGCGUAAUAAAAGGCGCAAAAGAUCUCGCAAACUGUCCAAUCCCGCAGAAUUGGCAUUAGUUCCGCCAUCAUGGAAAGUUUUUACACGAGAGGAGCUCAAAUCGAUCACAAAGAAUUUCAGUGAAGGGAACCGUCUUCUUGGUGAUGCAAAAACAGGGGGAACAUAUAGUGGACUUCUACCUGAUGGCUCAAGGGUAGCAGUGAAAAGGUUAAAAAGAUCAAGUUUUCAGAGGAAAAAGGAGUUCUAUUCUGAAAUAGGACGGGUUGCUAGACUGCAUCAUCCAAACUUGGUGGCUAUUAAAGGAUGCUGUUAUGGUCAUGGUGAUCGUUACAUUGUGUAUGAGUUCAUUGCAAAUGGACCUUUAGAUAGAUGGUUGCACCAUAUUCCCAGAGGUGGGAGGACAUUGGAUUGGGCAAUGCGUAUGAAGGUUGCUAUGGGUCUUGCUCAAGGAAUAGCGUUCCUCCAUGACAAGGUGAAGCCACAGGUUGUGCAUCGGGAUAUCCGCGCAAGUAAUGUACUUCUUGAUGAGGACUUCGGCGCCCAUCUUAUGGGAGUUGGUCUCUCAAAGUUUGUUCCAUGGGAGGUGAUGCACGAGAGGAGAGUCAUGGCUGGUGGCACUCAUGGAUACCUUGCUCCAGAGUUUGUCUACAGAAAUGAGCUCACAACAAAGAGCGACGUAUACAGCUUUGGGGUACUUCUGCUCGAAAUUGUCAGUGGACGCAGACCUGCACAAGCUGUUGAUUCUGUUGGUUGGCAAAGCAUCUUCGAGUGGGCCACACCGCUAGUGCAGUCUCAUCGCUAUCUGGAGCUUUUGGAUCCUCUGGUAACAUCAUCUUCUUCCUCCAUAAUCCCAGAAGCCGGAACCAUCCAGAAAGUUGUAGAUCUUGUAUAUUCUUGCACGCAGCACGUACCAUCAAUGCGCCCCAGGAUGUCCCAUGUCGUCCACCAGCUACAACAAUUGGCGCAGCUACCUUCUUUGAAGUAAGCUCAAUACUCUUGGGAAGUCGCUUCCCUCAUAUAUAUAUUGUACACCAACUUUGGUAGCCAGAGUUGAUUCAAGAAUUUUAAGCUGACUUAUGUAUUAUAAUGAAGAGAGCUUCUUUCCCGUA